AUGUCCACAGCCAGUCAACCGAAAGAGGCCCCGACACUGGCUUCGCCUCAAAAACAGUUCGGGUUCAGUGGUGUCGAUUGGUCCAGCUAUAUCAAAUUCCGUCCCAUUUAUCCAGCCUCUUUCUUCCAAAACAUUUUUGCCUAUCAUGCCCAGAAGACAACGGCAGCCUGGUCUACGGCUCAUGAUGUCGGUGCCGGAUGUGGUAUCGUCUCAGCGGGUCUAGCGCCCCACUUCAACAACCUCGUUGUGUCGGAUCCGAACGAAGGAUAUGCCACGCUAGCUCGCAAAAUCUUAGUCGAGGAAUCCCGGCUGCCAGAAUCCAGGUUGAAAUUCCUGCGAGAGAGCGCCGAAGACAGCUCGUUGGAGCCUGCUUCUGUGGAUCUGAUCACGGCGUGCGAGUGCAUACAUUGGACGAGACCUGACGUUGCGAUCAAAGGAUUUGCUCGUGAGCUUCGCCCGGGAGGAACUCUCCUCAUCUCCCUGUAUACUCGGCCACGUAUCGUGAAUAAUGACCGCGCUCAACGGGCGUGGAAGGCAAUUUUCAAGUUCUAUACCGAGCGAGUCAAGAGUCCACUGUUGGAUCAUGCACUUCGGAUUUUGAAUUCGGGCACCGAAGCCUGGGAGUUCCCAGAAGAGGAUUGGGAGUCCGUGAAGAGAGUGUACCUCAAUGCGGAAGGCAGCAUAGAUGCAUUCAAGCUCAACGAUCUAGUCGUUGCAAGUAAAGUCAAGGAGGGAGAGGAGACAAUUUGGACUGAAAAUGUUGAAGAAUGGACGGAUGAGCAGGACAUGAGCUGGUUCAGAGGAUAUGCAGCCACCUGGUCGAAGCCAGAUGUGGCAGAAGAUGAGGUCCAACCUCUCUGGGAUGAGAUGGAGCAAGCUCUUGAUGGAAAGAAAGCGAAGAUUGCGACCCCGGUCGCGUUGGCAUUUGCUACUAGGAGAUCAUAG